AUGCCUCUUAACUUACCCUCGUGGCUUCGGUGGUAUCGAAAGCCUUCCUAUCGAGACUUCAAGACUUUCACUCAGACCAUUAACGCCGACAUUGAGCAAGGCGUCACGUCCAGAGCUCCAUCCAUUAUCUCGCAAUCGGAUGACACCAUUCCAGCAUCAUUGACUCUUGAUCGCGUCCUUGCCAACAAGACAUGUAGUCCGCUGAGUUUGUACGACUUCUAUAUGUACCUCAAGCACAUAGAACUAUCUCCGGAAAAUUUAGAGUUCUACAUCUGGUUUAGAGACUAUGAAAGGCGACAUCGUGAAGAUGCUAAGUCCAGUUUUCAGGAGGCGCCGGUGCAUGAUACGACAAAACUCUUGUCGGAGGAUAAAAACGCCAUCAUGAACGUCUACUCGACCAUCAUCCCCGACGCACAACUUCUGCGAGAAGAAGCCUUAGGACCUGAAUUCGCGCGCUACUUGACAUCCAUCAUGCCAUCACAGCACGGCGACCACUCUACAUCAUGCCAAUCGUGCAAGCGUGGCUGGCAACUGUGGUCGACGUCUUCGCCAUCUUCCUCGCACACAACCCUCCUCGGGUACAGCAACAAACAAGAACUUCAGGCAAUGGCCGCUUAUUUCCUGACUCCGCAGUCGCCCAUGGAACUCAACCUCCCCGACCGAAUGCGUCGAGAUGUCUGCGAGAGCCUCCUCAACUCCGACUCUCCCGAGGCCCUGGCACCCGUGGUGAACCACGUGUACUACCUGCUGAAGAAUUGCUCACACCGCAACUUCAUCCGGCUCGGCGUCAAGAACGGCACGUUCGAGACCCUCUGCAUGGUCACCGUCGUGGGCAUCACCUUCAUCGCACUCGGCUUGCUGACCAUGCUCCUCGUCGCUUUCGCAUCACCAUCCAUUCACCACUCGGUCCGCUGGCGUGGUCUCGCGGCCGCCCCGUUCUGGAUUAUUGGCUUUUCAUUCAUGUUCGCCGGCCUGCGUGGCUCGUGUUUUCUCCUCCUGCUGUUCACUCGCCGCCAGGAGCUGCCGUGGGAACGCAUCCAGAACGAAAAAAAGGCCGCGCACAGCCCUCGUGUCUCCGCCCUGAUGCGCUUCUUCGGUAAGCUGAUGAUCUCCGAGCGCAAAAUCCGCGUCAAUGACCGUGGCCUGAGGAAUCUGCAGCAUAAAAUUGUCAUUCAGAGUGUCAUCGGAUCGAUCAUCGCAAUGGCGAUCAUCGAGGUCGUGUUUCUUUGCUUGCCGAUUUGGAAGUGA